AUGACUGGAAAAUCAUCCUCGACUGCAACAACUCCCAAACGCAAAGCUCCAACCUCAUCAAAUCAAAAAGGAGCCAAAAAAAAGAAGAAAGACGUCGAUGAUGAAGAGAGUUCCGCAAAAGAUGAAAAGGUGGAGGACAUUCAAGAAGACGGAUCAUUUGUUAGUAUGAUUUUGAAACAUGAAAAACAUCCGAAACAUGAUGAGACGAUCGUUUUUUUCGAAAGAAGAAGAAAAAUCAGUUCUAAUUCCGAUGAUGAAAUUUUCUACAGUGUUCACGGAAAAGAUGCCAUAUUUAUUGAUAAACACUUCUCCAAUUAUGGAUCCUUUAAAUAUCACGAGAAAAAAGGAGAGUGUGAUAAAGACCAUCCAUAUAUAGUCGAUGGUGUUCGUUAUGCAGGACUUCCAUACCUGACAUUUAGACCGGCUUUAUACGAACAAUUUGUAAAGGGCAUUCUUCUAGACCAUCGUAAAAGGCUUGAAAUAUGGGCUGAUAGAAAGUCAAACUAUGAAUGUAUCAAAUCUGCAUCUCCUGGAAAUCUUCAAAGUUUUGAAGAAAUUAUUUUCAAAUCUGACACAGCACCUGGAAUAGUAUGCUCAAUUAUGAUCAAACAAGACUCCAAUGAAAGAAGAGUUGGUAUUGCUUAUGCCAAUACCUCACUACGAAUUAUUGGUUUUUGCAGCUUUGCUGAUAAUAACCAAUUAGCGGUAUUAGAUUCUGCUCUUGCUCAAAUGGAGGCAAAAGAAGGGUUAAUUUGUAUUUCUAAGAAUGAUAUCCUUUAUACCAAAGUUCUUGAUAUUUUUGCAAGAACUGAUAUUAUGUGUACAGAACUCAAGAGAAGUGCAUUUGUGAGAAAACCUACUUUAGAAGCUGAUAUUUGCAAAUUAACAGGAAAAAACAAUGUUGAAAACCCAGAAUUCAAUGACGAAUGUGUAGCAUGUGCCACACAAGCUCUUAUUGAUUAUUUAGAAUUGGUAGACGAUCGUCACAACUAUUCAUACUUUAAGACAAAAUCAUUUGUGAUACAAAAUUUUAUGAAGCUAGACAGUUCAUGCAUUGCAUCUCUCAAUUUAUUGCCAAGCCCAAAUGAUCGAAAAAAGUAUGAUAGUCUUUUUGGAUUGCUCAACGAAUGUGUAACGAAGCCUGGAUCUCGACUCCUUAGAGAAUGGAUUAGACAACCAUUGACGGACCAAAGUCAAAUUGAAAACAGGCUUGAUAUGGUAGAAAUUUUUGUUGAGGAGCAUGAAUUAAGAGAAGAAAUAAGAACCGCACUUAAAAAGAUUCCUGAUCUUGACAUCCUAUGCUCCAAGAUUGCCAAAUUUAAAAUCACAUGUGACGAUAUCAUAAAGUUGUAUGCAUGUGUGCAGCAACUUCCUAUUAUCAAAGAAUCAUUAGAGAAAGUCAGAAACGAAAAAACUUUUAAUGAGGAGGGUAUAUUCUUUUCCGUGUUGUUGCAGUUGGAAGACUUGUGUGCUGCGCUCAUUCCAAAAUUUCCUACCUUAGUGCAUACAUCUCUUGACUUGGAAAAUGCCACAGACCAUAGCUAUCGAUUGAAUCCAAAUCUUGACGACAAUUUGAAAGAAAUUGCAGAAGAGCUUUCGGAAUCUAUAAAACUCUUGGACGAGGAAUGCAAGCGCGUACAAGACGAAGAGGCACUCAAAAAAGAAGAACUGACAUUAGUGUACACAAAAAAGGCAGUCUACAUGCAAGUCGGUGGAAAGGUUGCAAACAAGUUUAACAAUAAUGAGAAUUAUAUUGCACUGGGAGGAACAAAGCAGCAAUUCAAAUUUACUACUAAAAAUAUGAUGAGCCUCACAGAAAAUUAUAGACUUUGCCAAGAAAAGUAUGAUGCUUGUUCGGACAAUCUGCUCUAUCAUGUCAAAGGUGCUGUUGGCUCCUAUUCUCAACAUUUUUCAGACCUUAGAGACGCAUUAGCAGAGCUUGACAUCUUUGCUGCAUUUGCUGAAGUGUCUACAAGAUCUGCAAAACCAUAUGUGAGACCUAUCAUUAAGCCACUCGAUGCAGAAGAAGAUGAAAUCUAUUUGAUUAAUUGUAGACAUCCAUGUGUAGAGGUUCAAGAUGGUAUUGAUUUUCAGAUGAAUAGCUGCUUAUUUGACAGAUCUUCUCAUCAGUUGCAUAUUAUUACGGGUCCAAAUAUGGGAGGUAAAAGCACCUAUAUUAGACAAGUUGCAAUUAAUGUCAUACUAGCUCAGAUGGGAUGUUUUAUUCCAGCCGAGGCAGGUAGUAUUGUGAGUAUUAGAGAUGCAAUUCUCUCCAGAGUAGGUGCGUCAGAUAGUACAAGCAGAGGAAUAAGCACAUUCAUGGCAGAGAUGCUGGAAACCUCGGCGAUAUUGUCAACAGCAACAAACAAGACAUUAAUUAUUAUUGACGAAUUGGGAAGAGGAACAUCUACAUAUGAUGGAUUUGGUUUAGCGUAUGCCAUCGUGGAACAUUUAUCAAGAAUAACGAACGCUUAUACAUUGUUUGCAACACAUUUUCAUGAACUAAAGGUGUUGACAGAAGAUCCAGAGAGUAAUCGAGUGUGUUGUAAAAGAAUGGAAUCUGUUUUGAUGGAGGAAUUAAAAAUGUUGUACAAGGUUGUUGAUGAUGAUGAGACAAGUGUCAACAGCAACAAUAGUUUUGGUAUUGAAGUGGCGAAAUUGGCCCACUUCCCUCCAGACAUUAUUAGGGUCGCUCAAAUGAAAUCAAAAGAAAUUGAGAGUAUUAUUAACAUGACAGAAGCACCUAUCGUCCCACAAAACACCAAAGAAAGCACAGAAGAAAGAGCCAAGAUGCAUCAAGCUCUAUGCAAAUUUGCCAACUUUGAUUUCACAAACAAAUCUCUGGAAGAGAUUGCUCAAUUCUUGCAGACACAUUUUCCAUAA